GUUGGUUGCCUGGCCGUGAGGUGGCUGAGGCCGAGGCGGGAGGCGCGCGGGGCGGCUCCCGGACGUGAGGCGGCGGUCGGGCUGCGGGAUGGAGCUGGAAGGUGGCGGCCCCGCGCCGGGCCCGGGGCAGGCGCCUCUGGGCCCCCGCGGGCUCGACUUCCUGCAGCACACGGUGGGCUCCCUGCUGUCCAGCUAUGGCUGGUACAUUGUGCUGGCCGCAGUCCUCAUCUAUCUCCUCGUGCAGAAGGUAUCGCAGAGCUUGGCGGCCAGGCCGAGCAGCCGGCCGGGCGCAGCUGACGCAGCUGUGGAACCCGAGAUGGUGGUAAGGAGGCAGGAAGCUUUGGCAGCAGCUCGCCUCAGGAUGCAAGAAGAGUUGAAUGCACAAGCAGAAAAAUACAAAGAAAAACAAAGACAGCUUGAAGAAGAGAAGCGAAGACAGAAGAUAGCAAUGUGGGAAAGCAUGCAAGAAGGAAAAAGCUAUAAAGGAAACCUGAAGCUGAAUCAGGAGGAAGUAGAAGCUGGUGCCUCCACCUCCUCAGCAGUCCCAAAAUCGAAACCUAACAAAAAGCCCUUGCGAGGAGGUGGGAGGAAACAAAAUAUGCCUUAUGAAUGAACUUUUUACCUCUGAGAGCGUGGCCUGCUUUGCUAAACCUAGCAGGAAGUUUCUGUGGUGCUUUUCCCCAGGAAAACAGCAUUUCAGUGUUCUUGUAAAUGCUUCUGUCACAAUUUACUGAGUUUUUUUGUGACUCAAAAGGGCGAUUUCUUACCAUAUUUGUGGGAUCCCUCCUCCGUCAUUGUAAAAGUCCUGUCAUUGAAUAUCUGAUCUGUCUUCCAAUCACCUGUAGUACCAAGUAAAUGCAGAUGAUUUGCUUUGUAUUACAUAGAUUCAGGCAGAUGCCAGACUUUGCGAUGUAAAUGUGACCUUAUUUAUCAGCUGUCAUGGUAAUGACCUAUGAAAUAUGUAAACUCUGCAGAUGUAUAAGCUGUUAUCAAGUCUUGCAAACCACCAAAGUCUUAGCAUUAAUGUUGCUAUCAACCACUGAAGUUAUCUUGAUGGACCCAUGGCUUUCCCUGGCCUUACAUAGUUGCAUUUCAUCUCCCAGCUGUUCAAACAGGCUGUGCCAUGCCUGCAAGCACUAAUUUGGGUGUAAUAUUUUAAUUACAGUUUUCCAUCGUGGAGAGGAUCAUCUAGGCAGCCUCAAUCAUAUUAGACUAAAUGAGAAACUCACUUAGGGUGCAGCACUAAGUCACUUGAUUAAAUAUGAAAUGUGAAGAUUCUAAAUUAAACAUAUUCAACAUCAAUAAUAGUGCAGGGUUGAAAUUUCUGCUUUGAAUAUUUGUGCUGACAGUUGUUGGCAACAUCUGAAGGAAGUGACCAAUCAAUUUACUGUGUGGUGAUGCUGUCAAAUAUCUUUUCUAGCUCUUAGGAUACUCAUGGCAGUGGGAGACGAGUAAUGCUGGGUAAUAGCUGUGCUGAGAACCAAGGUCAGGGCAUCUGGGUUGAGGUACCCUUCCAGGUGCUACCUGUCCUAGUUUUGUCCUGAGCAAAAUCUUGGCUUAAGUGACAGAUUGUAGAAUUAGAGGCCUCUGAUCUUCUCAUGAGGUAUACAUCAGCAUGAAGUGAAAGAGCCAUCUGCACUGUUCAGCUGCUGAAUUAAGCUAGAAAGCGAAACUUGGCUAGUCUGAGAAAAACAAACUUAAAAGAUGGAGGUGAUGCUUGAAGUUUCAGUGGAACAGGUUGCUUUGAAACCUGCUUGGUUAGAAAUGCUGACAGGUUUUCAGUUGUCUUUUUCUUGGCCUUGGACAGAACAAAUUGAGGACAUUUGCCAAGUUGUAUCUUUCAGAGUACAUACUCGUAAAAUAAGUUGACUGUACUUAGGGCAUGAGGAGGUUCAGCUGAAGGAUCUGUUUGCCUUACUGUGUAAACUUACCUUUUCAAAGCCUUUAAAAUGUAGUAAUGAGCAUUUCUACCUCUUGACCUUCAGAAUUUCCCUUCCUUGCAGGACUGGAAUAAAAGAGUAUUUUAAGUCUCUAUUAGGAGACUGUUCCCUCAGAGAACAGUACACAGAGUUUACUGUAAGAGUUACUCUUACUGCUCUGUUUACUCUGCAGAGCUGCAUUAAAGCUUUAGUACAGACUUAGAGAAAUUAAAUGGUAAUUAAUUUCACUUUAAUCUGAAUUCAUCAAAUUAGAACACGAGUGUUUUCCCAUGGCUUUUACUCUUAGCACUACACAAAUAAACCAUCUGGAUGGUUUCUCUGCUUAAAAUGCUGCCUGUGUACUAAGUACAAACAAGGUGCAAAGAAUUGUGAGAUUUCUUUUUUUGUGUGUGUUUGGUGAGGGCCUGUUGAGGACAAAUAUUUAUAUGAUGUAUUUCUCCUCUGUAU